UACCUAUGUGUGUUCCCCAACGAGGGUUCGCUUCUCGAGGCCAGAAAACUUCAAAACCUGAGCGACAGAUCCAGACAUACAGAGGCAUACAGGGACCAGGUAAGCCACUAGACACACAAACGCGGGCGGCAGCUGCGACAAACAUAGUCUUACAACACAUUACACAACACAUAGGCUCACUCCUAUGAAACGUGACUGAGAAUUACACAAGCUUUGCAUACUGUGGCAAACAUAUUUAACUCUAAAACAUUUAAACACACAGAGCUUUUACUUUAUGCAUAUGACACCGUUGCGUCUACAUAUAAGCCUACCUUCUAAAAUGUUCAUGGUAUUGAACCACAAUGUCUUUCUAGUCACGCACAUGAUAUGCUCAUUUUACAGCGAGUAAAGGAUUGUGAAAGUGUGUGGCAGCUUAUGUCGAUGUACCUGCAGUGUUGAUGAAUGGGUAUUCAUAGAAUAAUAUAAUGAGGCUUGGACAGAUUGGUUCUUACUAACUUAACAUCCACUUUGUUCAAAAGGUUGUCUUGGUACUACGUAAAAAAUGUGUGUUGGACUCAACAUUUUAGUAAUGAUGAUAUCUUACUAGGUUGUAUUGAUGUAAAGGAAGUGGUCACCAAGCCUGGUCCUAGAGAACAGGUUAUGCUUUUGAAACAGCCAAAAUACCGGAUUCAACUAAAGGUCUUGAUUAUGUACUUAGCUCUAUGGCUUUGGUUGCAUUACGUAUGCUAGUACUGAACUGGAACAAAAGCCUGCACUCCAAGACCAGGAUUAGUGACUACAGCAUAUUAUGGAUCCCCCACUCAGGUCCUAAGAGGUAGUGUAAAGGUGUUGUUCCUCCCAGCACACACCUGUUUCAAAUAAUCAAUAACCAUUGUGUAAAAUCAUGGUCUGAACAUUAUUUUUGGUCUGGACCCAGAUAAGCUGAUGCAGGUGUUACCAAAGCUUGCACACCUGUAGCUCUCUAUGAUCGAAUAGAUCAGAGAUCUCAGAGUAUAUUGUAUUGGUAAUGGUGUGUUUGUGUGUGUUCCCCUCGCAGGCAGCCAUGUCAGUGUCUCAGAUCACCCCCACCCUGUUCCUGAGUGGAGCAGACGCCCCCCUCAACCAGGCCCUGGUCUCCCGCAAGGGCAUUACCCUCAUCGUCAAUGCCACCCUCAACCACGCCUGCCCUGUCUACCCAGGCGUGGAGUGCCUGCGUGUGCCCGUCUCCGAUCUGCCCACCGCCCGUCUAGGCGACCACUUUGACCGUGUGGCAGAGCGUAUCCACAGCAACCGGACGGGUGGUACGCUGGUGCAUUGUGCGGCUGGCAUGAGCCGCUCGCCGGCCCUGGUCAUGGCAUACCUAAUGCGUUACCGGGGCGUGACUCUGUGCCGGGCCCACGCAUGGGUGCAGGAGAGUCGGCCGUACGUGCGGCUCAACGCGGGUUUCUGGGCGCAGCUACUAGAGUUUGAGAAGAGGCUCUAUGGGAAGAAUACGGUUAAGGUGGCUGCGCCCAUGCCGCCAGUGGAGCCGCCCCCAUCGCCAUGGACACUGCGGUCAUCAUGGACACAGCUGUUGCCCGGGUCACCGUUGUUGUCAUCUUCGUCGCAGGCCAAGAGGUCAAAGAAGGGUAGGCUUGUAAGGAAAUAGUAGGGAGGGAAAAUUUCCUUCUCUGUCUGAAGAUGUGAGGGAAGAACUUACAGCCCUACUGCCUGAGAAUGUAAACCGAGGAAGCAGACUUGUCCCCUGCCUUGAUGUGAUGAGGGAAAUAUAGUACAAUAAUAAUGUAUGUAUGUACACUGAACCUAAAUAUAAACGCAACAUGCAACA